AUGACGGCCUCACUUUCCGUCAAGCUCCGUGAGCUGCGCGAACUGGCUUUCUCAAGAAAGGGAAUAGGCAUUCUUAAAGGCUCGCUCGCGAUCACCUUUGCCGUGUUGCUUCCUUUCAUUGACCAUUGGAACACUCUGAACAAAUACCCCCAGACAUGGUCUAGUAGCGCCAUCUACAUUAUAGCUUCGUAUCCAGGCAAACCGGUUGGCGAAACAUUCCAAUUCGUCAUGAGCGGUGUAGGCGGAGGUCUUUUCGGGGCGGCAGCGUUUGUGAUUCUUGCCAAGUGCCGCGAGUCACUGCCUGCCCAAGCUGUGGUGUUUGGGGUUUUUGCAUAUCUGUUCUCACUCACGAGGGCGUACAGUUUAAAAUACUUCGCUUUCGCUCUGCUGGGGAUCCUUAUGGCAUUCGAUGGAGUGUAUACUUCGGUGUUGACGGAUUCGUUUUCCCCACGAUGGCUCGCAAGUUAUUCCAAAACUUAUUUUGACCUUCUCUCUAAAACGGUGAUUCAUGAUAUCUCGGAGGAGGAGCGCAAGGAACGCGACUGCCUGGCAAAGAGCAUUCGAGCCGAUUACGCAUUCAUUUCGCAAAAACUCGUCUUCACCGGAUGGGAACCCCUCUCCAUCUCCCGCUUCACUCUGAAAGAUUACCAAGUGAUGACUUCUCAAAUCAGAUCCAUGCACUUACACCUGAUUGCGCUUUACUCGUCUCUCGUGACUUAUGAGAAGCUAGGAGCGGAACAAUUUGCUGAAAAGUGGCUGAAAAACAGGAAAUUGCUGGAGUUCGAGAGUCUGCAUUUGGAUAUUGGGCGGACGGUAGAUGAGAUUGCGAGUGUCUUGAAAACGGGAAGCGUUGGGGGUGAUAGUGGCAAUCUGGGUCCGUCGGUUCCACAAAAUAGAGAGGAUGUGGAAAAGCAGGAUGGGCUGCGGCCUUCUAGUGCUGCCAGGACGAUUGCUGAUACGGAAAGCGAAGCCACGUCUUUGGGCAAAUAUACCCCAGGAAGUGUUAACCUCGCACAGGAACUUCGCAGGGCGUUCAAGACAUAUGAGCGGUCUCAGAAGACUCUAUUCACCGAUAUCGUGACUUCGGUCGACCCUUCCAAAUGCGCACGUCGAGAACUCCGAGUGACGAAGUCUCAGCCAUCUAUAUGGGAGGCUUUCUACGGACCUAACGUGAAGGUCACGGAGCUUAUGGGGGGCCCUGCUAACGUCAGGGAAGGAGGCAUGGGGACCUUACUGGGGGAGACAUCGGAGACAUCGGGUGCUCAAGACGAAGUUCCGGAUGUCAUCCGAACGAAUACUUCGUUAAUGAGAAUAUUCUCGACACUUUUCGCAAUGGAUCAAUUUACAGCAGUUCUCGCCCAGAUGUACACCAAUGUCGGGGCCUCUCGUGCAUACUCUUCCCCCAGUCAAUUCUCCAAGGUCCGAAAUUUGAAGCUCCACUCGCCCUUGUUCUCAAACUUUUUCCGAUCCCCACCUCCACCCCGCGAUCCCCGUGUAUCACUUCUGACCCAAGAGCUCCAAGCAUUCGAGAAAGAGCUCAAUAAUCUCACAACCAGGGCCGGAGAGACCAAUCAGGCACUAUCCGAUCCAACAGUUUUCUCCCAAAAUAUUGAUAUUGAAGCCCGUGAGGGAGGUCCGCAAGAUGUAGAUGGUUCUGGUUCGGCUGAGAAGAAGACGGGGAUUCCUGAGCCAAAUUUAUCAAUGCGACAGGCUUUGGCACUUCUUCAGUCUCGGGAGUACAAACCACACAGGUCCAAUAUCUGGGUGGGGCUUGAAAGACUCGAAGCAGCGUUCAUCUCGCCCACCAGCAUGGCGGCGGCUAAAGUUACUGGGGCUUGUUUGGUGUUUGGGACGUUUUUUUGGGCGGAACAUACCAGAUCAUGGUUUAUAUUAUAUAACAUUUAUACCUCUCUUUUGACCCUGAUCGUGUGCAUGGCGCCAACACUGGGACAAAGCAUUCGAAGUUUCAUUGGUCAAACGUCCGGUCACAUUCUAGGAACUAUCUAUGGAACCAUUGUACUAGAGGUCUUCAAGAAUGUGGGAGGACAUCAUUUUAAUCCAUACGGCAUCAUUCCCUUCGUAUUCUUAUAUUUCGUUAUAUUCACAUGGAUGCUUCACGAGCGUCCUCAAUGGUUCGCUUUUGCGCUUUUGUCGCUGAACGGAGCUGCGACCCAGGUUAUGAGUGAGCAGGUGAACGUUGGCAUCCUACAUAGCAAGACAUGGGGCUCUCCUGGGUUACGUCUGGGCCGUUCUAUCACGGGAUUGUUGUGUGCGCUUGGCAUCGUGGUUGGCUUUCAAGUCUUUAUUCUUCGCAAUCCGGCCAGAACAACACUCAGGAAGGCUGCAUCUCGAGUUGUCUAUGCCCAGCUCAGCUACCACAAUAUCCUCACUGCCUUUGCUGGUGCGGCAUUGCCCCUCGAGUCGGAGGUUCAAGCGCCAGAGCAUGCAGUUCAGCGGGUUGGGAAGGAACUCGUUCGCCGUGAGGCGCAGAUACAAGGACAGUUGAUGGGUCUCAUGCCCUUGAUCAGUUUUGCGAAGGACGAACCUGAUUACUCGCGGCCCUUCAAGGUGGCUUCUGUCAUGAAAAUAUACUCUGCACUUCAAAUUAUGCUCGAUCGUCAUAGCGAAGCGCGUUCCGCUUUGACUCCGUCUCAAAUCUCUCCAGCUGUCAUCGAAGCCAUCAUGAAACCACUCCGCCCAUAUCAUCAUCGAAUCGCAUUGAUGAUGAAGAACCAUCUCUCGCUCAUUGCUGGAAGUCUCCUCGCCAAGACUCCUCUGCCUCGAGACACCGAUCUUCAGGACUUUGUAGCGCAUGUCACACACGAUGCUGCGGUCCUGAGCAUCAGAUUUUCUAUGACACCAGAAGGGAAAAAAGCCAUCGAGAACGGCGACCUCACUCGGAUAUGGUUCUACAUCUUGACUAUGUCUGCGAUUGCGGACCAAAUCCGUAUCAUUGAAGAAGCAUGCAAAGAAAUAUUUGGAGAGAUUGAGGAGCACCACCGUUUAGAAUGA